ACGCGGCGUGUAUUCGACAAAUAGUAUCGCGCUCUCGCGUAAUCGAGCACUUUUUUUUUGUCGGUCGACAACGUUGGUUGCCAUUCGACGAAUUUUCCCUCGUACGGUGCAUCGGUUCGGUUCGGUUCGGUUCGAUUCGGUGUGUGUGAUACGACAGACGGCUGGCGCGCAGAGAGCGCGUGUCGAGCGAGCAAUGAACAGCAGUAACGGCAGACCGCACGGGGAGAACAGGGGAAGAAAUGGCCACGUGCUUGUGUGGGAGCAGCCUGGCCUGGAGGAAGAGGACAGACCUAACGAGAAAAGUAAAUCGUUGGUGGGCUCGCGUCACGUGGUAACUUUGAUGCUGUUCCUCGGCAUGGCGAACGCCUACGUGAUGAGAACGAACAUGUCGGUGGCGAUCGUCGCGAUGAUCAAUCACACGGCCAUUGUGAACACGGAGGACGAUGAGGUCGUGCCGAGCAAGUGCGGCAACACCAACACGACCGCACACGCCGAGAGCAGCAGCGACGGGGAAUUCGCGUGGGACAGCACCAUGCAGGGCUAUCUGCUCGGCUCGUUCUUCUACGGCUACGUCAUCACGCAGAUACCGUUCGGGAUAUUGGCGAAACGUUACGGGUCCAAGUACUUUCUCGGCGUCGGUAUGCUGAUCAACUCGUUGUUCGGGCUGUUGGUGCCGGUGUCGGCUCACCUCGGCUACUACUACCUGAUGGGCGUCCGCUUCAUUCAAGGCCUGGGCGAGGGUCCGAUCGUGCCUUGCACGCACGCGAUGCUGGCCAAGUGGAUACCGCCCAACGAGCGCAGCAGAAUGGGAGCCUUUGUAUACGCCGGUGCGCAGUUUGGAACCGUGAUUUCGAUGCCGCUGAGCGGUGUCCUGUCAGAGUACGGCUUCGCCGGUGGCUGGCCGUCCAUCUUUUACGUAUUCGGCGCGGUCGGCACCAUCUGGUGUAUCGCUUUCCUGCUGAUGGUCUAUGAGGAUCCGGAAAGUCACCCUCGCAUUGCCGAGGACGAGAAGAAGUACAUUCUGAGCGCGCUGUGGGGUAACGCCGGCGUCUCUUCUCCACCAGUUCCGUGGUUCUCGAUCCUCAAGUCGUUGCCGUUCUGGGCUAUCCUGAUAGCGCACAUGGGUCAAAACUACGGAUACGAGACGUUGAUGACACUGCUGCCCACCUUCAUGAAGCAAAUAUUACACUUUGACAUCAAAUCGAACGGCAUCGUUUCCUCGCUACCCUACCUGGCUAUGUGGAUAUUCUCGAUGGUGGUGUCGCACGUGGCCGACUGGAUGAUCUCCAGCGGCAAGUUCACUCACGGCUGCACGCGAAAGAUAGUGAACACUCUCGGCCAGUUGGGCCCGGCGAUCGCCCUGAUCGCCGCCUCCUACAUCGAGUGCAACUCCGUGCUGACCGUGGCCAUUCUCACGAUCGGCGUCGGUUUGAACGGCGGCAUCUACUCCGGAUUCAAAGUGAAUCACCUGGACAUUUCACCGAGAUUCGCCGGCGUUCUGAUGUCCUUCACCAACUGCUUGGCCAAUUUGGCCGGCUUGCUGGCACCCAUCACGGCUGGAUAUAUCAUCGUCGGGCCGCCGACCCAAGCGAAAUGGAGAAUCGUGUUCAUGAUCUCGGCCGGCGUGUACAUAGCGUGUGCCUUGUUCUACGCUGUGUUCAGCUCCGGGCAACGACAGACGUGGGACAAUCCGGACAAGGACGAGGAGAAGGACGAGAAACACAGCUUGAAAACCGUGAAGACUAUCGCGGAGACGCAACACUGACGCCAGCCAGCGUGUUAGCUAGUUGUCCGUCACCUUUGCUAUCGCCUAUCCUCUCUUACCACGUACUAGUAUUUUAGUCUUCGUUUUUCGUUCUUCGCUCGUCGUUCCUACACCACUCUCGGCCGUUCAACGCGACGCAGUUCGCAGUCGCUCGAUUGCCCUCUCCCUGCCUUUCCACGUCAUCGUCCAACUCGAUUUAUCCAUCGUCGAACGUGAGCGUUGCGCUCGAACAGAGCCAGACAGAAGCCCAGACGCAAAAGCAGAAAGAAACGAACGCGCGUCAAGAAAAGAUCAACGUCAAGAAAAGAAAGGAAAAGAAAAGAAAAAGAGAAAAAAGGACAGUCGAGCAAACCGCGUUUGUGAUUCGCCAACAGCCACGACGGAUUGCUUGGACGAUUAAUUCUCCCUCUUCAUUCGGUGCGCGAGGAGCCGCACCGUACCAUACAUUCGCUGUUUAUUCUUCGCUCGUGUGCCAAGAGUUAAAUCGCACGCAAAUAUUUGUACAGCAAGUAAGUCAAAUCGAACGUCACGUUUCUAUAUCAACUACACGAGGUGAAGGACGAACGUAUUACACGUGUGCCUGGAUUUGUACUUUUAAAUACGUAUGUACGUGCGUUUGAAUGCAUGGCGUAAGAAAGAAACAGAAACAGAAAGAGAAAGAGAGAGAGAGAGAGAGAGAGAGAGAGAGAGAGAGAGAGAGAGAGAGAGAGACAUAGAGUGAUAGAGAGGGAGGGAAGGAGAGAAUGAUAGCACGUAAGAAAACGAGCGAGCACAA